CUGAGGGCAGAACCCAGACUCGGGGUGGUGGAGCGCGUGAGCCUGCCGCCGGGAGCGUGGGACUGAGGCGCUGAGAGAUACCAACUUUGUGCCUGAGUGAAAAAGCUUUUCCAGGAUGGCUUUGAAUUGCUACUGGGGAGUCUUGGCAGUCUGUAUGAUGACUUUUCCAAGCACACUUUGUUUCCAGCAGGACCAGUCCAGAGUGUUACUAUUAUCUUUUGAUGGAUUUCGAUGGGAUUACAUUUAUAAAUUCCCAACGCCUAACUUUCAUUAUAUCAUGAAGAAUGGUGCUCAUGUUAAACAGGUUACUAAUGUGUUUAUUACAAAAACGUAUCCUAAUCAUUAUACAAUGGUGACAGGUCUCUAUGCAGAGAGCCAUGGCAUAGUUGCUAAUGAAAUGUAUGAUCCUGUCCUGAACAAAACUUUCUCCCUGAACAGCAUGAACAUCUAUAAUUCAAAGUUCUGGGAAGAGGCCUGUCCGAUAUGGGUCACCAACCAAAUGGAAGGACAUAGAACCGGAGCUGCUAUGUGGCCUGGAACAGAUGUAAAAAUACAUGGAGUCUUUCCUACACACUAUAUGUUUUAUAAUGAGUCUGUUUCAUUCGAAGAUCGAGUUGACAAACUUAUUGAUUGGUUUACCUCAGAAGAAUCCAUAAAUUUUGGUCUUCUGUACUGGGAGCAGCCUGAUGCGAUGGGGCAUGUUUUGGGCCCAGAAAAUCCACUUAUGGGCGCAGUCAUUAGUGAGAUUGAUGACAAGCUGGGAUAUCUUGUGUCAGAACUGAAGAAAGCAAAGUUGUGGGACACACUGAAUAUCAUAAUCACAAGUGACCAUGGAAUGUCACAGUCUUCUUCAGAAAGGCUCAUAGAGCUUGAUCAGUACGUGGCUAGAGAGCUGUAUACAAUGGUUGACCAUUCUCCGGUGGUAGCGAUUUUGCCAAAAGAAGGCAAACUGGAUGAAGUGUAUGAAGCCUUGGUCAAUGCUCAUCCCAACAUGACUGUUUAUAAAAAGGAGGAGAUUCCAAAUAGAUUACACUACAAACACAACAGUAAAAUUCAACCAAUCUUAGCAAUGGCUGAUAAAGGAUGGGAAAUCUUACAAAACAAGUCUGAUCAACUUCUCUUGGGUAAUCAUGGAUAUGACAACAUCCUACCAGAAAUGCACCCAAUCUUCUUGGCCUAUGGUCCUGCCUUUAGAAAGAAUACCACCAAAGAAGCCAUGAGUCUCACAGAUCUGUAUCCCUUGUUGUGCCAUCUGCUUGGUAUCAGUUCAUUGCCAAACAAUGGGUCAUUCAGCAAUGUGGAAGAUUUGCUUCUUACAGAAGUUCCAAGAGACCUGAAUCCUAGAUAUUAUGCACAGGAGUCCUAUGCCUAUUUUAUAGGAGUUUUUCUUGGUAGCAUUCUUGUUGUUGUUUUUCUUCUAGUUUUUAUUAAACACAUAACCCACAGCCACCUACCCAGCAUGCAGGUACAACACACUGAAAUUUCCCAGCCGUUACUACAAGGGUAAUAUUACUUUCCAAUGGAGGCACUUUAAUAAAAACAAUGAAAAGUUAUUCUAGGUAUUUUGAGCUUAAAAGAAGUUUUCCUAGAAAUUAGGUGAGUAGAUCUGCAAAAAUAAAUACAUGUGGUGCACUGGAGUAAAUGUGUAACAGAUGCAUACAGGGAGAGCAUGUUUCUGUUGCACCAUAUAACCACUUAAUUUUUCAGGGGUUGAAAACCCCUCUAGAUAACACUGGAAGGAUAUGUAUGUAGAUAUUUAGUAACUUUAAACCCUUGGAUACCUCAUUUUAAGCUAAUAUUGGAAAUAGAAAUCAUUUUAGAUUCACUAAGCUCUUGGUCUUUAUCUUCUGAAUUUAAACAAAUAAUGGAUUUAAACAAAAAUCUAUUUAGGUUAAGAAAAGAGUGUAAGGGAUUCAUAGUGGAAGGAUGGGCAGAUUAAAUCGAUACUAUCCAACAUGCUCUGAUUUUGUGCAUUCAAUAUAAAUAUCAGUAGAAUAGUGUUUGUACAAGUUGCAAAGCCAUGUAUGUCUCUGAAUUCUCUCUCUAAAUUAUAGCAACUAAAAUACAUACCUUGAUAUAUUCCAAUGUUAUUACUGUAAUAAUCAGUCAGCAUUAAAUUUUAUUUGAACUGCUAUUUGGUUAAAAUGUUUAAGACUUCAAUAAACUAAAAUAUUCAAUAGGGAAGUGAAGUAGGAAAAAAGAUAACUAACAAGAACCUACAUGGACCUGUAUCAUAUCAGGAAAACUGAGCUAAAUUAGCAUCCUUUUGAUAUCUCAUGGAAGUAAUAGACAACAAAAUAGACAGCAGGCCAAAUCCCCUCCCUAGCUUAAGCAGCUGUGAUUCCACUGAUGCCAGUGGAGUUGAGCCCCUAAUGGGCAGCAGUGAGUUUGACUGUCUUUUUAAAUUAUAUCCUUGCAAGGUGGGGAUAUGUAGGACUUUCUUCGCAGCCAUAGGGCAAUCUGCAUCAUAUUGUUGUUUGUUGCAGACAGAAUCUGGAAAGUUUUCCACAGAAACUAUAUUGAUGCAGUGGAUACUGCUCAGGAGUAAUGUGGCAACGAGACCCUCUCUCAUUCAAGAUCUAUUGUAAUUCUAAGUUUGUAAAGAAUUAUACUAGUUCUUAUGUAAAAACAAAUCUCUCUCUGACUUGUAAAGGGUGGCUUUUGCUUGAAAGUGUAUCAGACAGGAUAGUCUGAAAUAAUGAAGCAAGAAAAUUGAUAUAAUUAGCAGGAAUUCUUCCUUGAUGCAACUUGUGUAGCAACAAAAUUUGCUUGUGAGCUGUAACCAUAACUAAUUAAUUCCACUGCUGUAGCAGACAUCUUUAUAGCUGAAAUGGGCCAUUGUGCAUUUUGGUCUUUAAUUGUAGCAGGCAGUGUGCAUUUCUAAAUUGAGUUAUAUGACCCACAGAAGGCUGGUGUUUCCUGGGCUGUAGCUUAUUGUCAAAUUGGGGUGGGCAAGAAUACUGAAACUGAGUUGGUAGUCACAGAACUCAGUUUCAAAACUCAGCGUUGUGUAUAACUUAAUCUGACUCAUGUCUGUGAAAUUCUGUUGUAAUUGUCCUGGGGAUCAUGUGCUAUUGCGCCACCUCCAUCUUUGCUUAGGUGGUCAAGGAAAAUCACCCUGUGGCCAUAGUGCCUGUAAUGUAAAGCUGCCUGUUGCUGGAGAAGCCCACAUCCUGAUUUCAGUGAGUCAGGUGAUAACAAAAGUAGACUAGGCAGUAGACUUUCAGUCUUAGUUCAUCAGACAAUUCUUUUAAAACAGAUGAAAAUGGUGUUCACAGUAGUAGUUAAGACCUUGAAGCUCAGAGCAGAUGAACCUAGAUUAAAAUCAGGCUACCAGUAAACUUUACUAACAGAAAGGUCAGGAUCCACUGCAGUCUUUACUUUGGCAAUCUUGUCCUCAGGAAUUGGUGGGAAGUAUUUUGGUUGGAUGGUAAGGGGAGAUGUUUUGAUAUAUAAAAUCUCUACCUUUUCUGAUCUUAGUAACCUAUAUGCAAUAAUUCUUUCAGAUCAAUUGAAUAAAUGUAUUCACAUACAGAACUGAGAGCUACAGUCUGACAGCACUUCCUGUAGUGCGGAAGCCUAGAUAAUCUUCCCUUACUCUGUCCAUUUCCAGUAGCUUCUUCACUCAAGCUCUGUCCCCUCUUCCCAAUGACCUUAGUAUUAAAAUUUUCAUGCAAGAUAGACAAUGUGAUCUUUCUUUGCACAAUUGAAUAGUUAUUCUUUCUCUCAACAUGGUAGAGGUGUUAAUGUGGCUUUUUAGCAAACACCAUAGUGAGCAAGUAAAUUAUAUCCUCAAGGGUGUAGUAAGCACUUGCAAUUUUUUUUUUUAAAUCAGGUUAAAAGUUGUAUAAUUCAAUCUGUUAGGCAACUUACUAAGUUAGGGGAAAGUGUUCAGUACAUCUGUCAACAGUAACAUUUGUGCCUAGAAUUCCCAUACCUAAAACAGUUUAGUGAAGAGCAAUGUGUUCUAAGAGAAAACUUUGUAUUUGUGAGCCAAUACCCCCAGGAAAAAGGGAUUUUGCUAGUCACAAAACCUGUUUAAGUUGAAACAUGCACUGUACUGUAAAAAUAACUGACAGGUUUUGAAGGGGGGAGCUGUGUGUUCAGCCAUUAGUUUGAUUUUUAUAUCCCUACAAACUAAAAGCUGUCUUUGUUUUCAUGUUUUGUUUUAGUGUAAAUAAAAUAAACUUUAAUGUCUAUAGUUUAGGAAUAGUUGCAGGCCACCUAUCUAAUACUGGUUAAGUUUACAAAUGCACAAGCCUAAACCUGUAAGCACAAGAAAUGAUACCACUAGAGAAAUGUGAUAGAUGCUCCAGCCCAUGCUCUUUGAAAGGGCACAGGGUGUGAUGUGUGUGCCUCUCAAGUACUUUAAGAUUGCAUGUGACUGAGUUAGUAGAAGCUGGGGUUAAAAUACUGUAACUGUGAGUUCAGGGAAUGGGAAAGCUUGCACUGUUCAAAAAAAAAAAAAAAAAAAAAAAAACACCACUUAUUAAAAUGUGGCAUACUUUGACUCUAGUCAAGAAUGUUCUUUCCUAUUUGUGCUUGUAAACUCAUCAUUUUAUCACUGCUGGUAGUAUAAGUCAUAACUAAGAUUGUUUAAAAAAAACCUCUGAAACUUGUAACAGUUUUAUGAAAAGAUUUAAUAGGCAUGUGUUUUAACUACUGUUGUAAUUAUUUCUAGUAAAUAGUAAACAAACAUGGGAGAGUUCUGGUUUCAUAAAUUGAAUGUGAGCUAACCCAGGCUCUGUCAUAUCAUGAAAUUGUAAGGCCUCUCACACAUUCAUCUUUUUAUUUUGAUAUAUGCAACUUAACUGUCUUCAUAAAAGGUAUUUUCUGGGCUGA